GGCUGUAAUAUCAUCUCUUUAUUGAGUUUUUGUUUCUUUCAUCAUGUCACAAGACAAGCCUCCACAAGUAACAUAACCCUCUUUGCGUCACUCUCUAAUAAGUUUGACAAAACUAAAGCAUACAUCCACAAAUCUCAUUCAAAAAAUAGACUAGAUAAGGAACUUUUGUGGAGUCUAUCUUUGCCUUCACAAGUCACAACCCUUGUUUCUUCCUCUGAAUCAGUAACAAGAGCAUGGAGGUGAGUUUCAAGUCUUCUUCACAUGAAAAACCAGAAGCUGAGGUUGAGGUAGAAGAAAGCAUGCGCUUUCUCAAGUCUCUUAAGGAACUAAGAGAACUUCGGUCUCAGCUUCACCAUGCUGCAGAUUACUGUGAAAACACUUUCUUGAAAAACGAGGAGAAGAAAGAUGUGAUGGAGAACACAAAAGAAUACAUAUGCAGGGCCAUGGUCACUGUAGUUGAUCAUCUUGGAAACGUCUCGGCCAAUCUUGAAGGCCUUAUUUCUCAGACAAACGCAUUUUCUGAGGCUGAGUCACGAAUCCAGUGCCUCAAACAAAGACUUUUCUCAUGUGGACAAUAUGCUGAUAAGCUUGCCCUCACAAAAAUGCGAUGGAGGGAAAAAUUGCCAAGAUUCCAUUCGCGUUAUUUAUCAACACCACCCAUCAUUGAGAGAUCAAGCUCUGAAAAAUUAAGAGAUUUUGAGAGUGAAGUUCCUUCAAAAAUAGAAGAUAAACAUAUACUAGAGACACUGGAGGAUUUGCCACUUUUUAUGUACACCCAGAAGCCACAUGCAGCUAAGAAUUUGAAGCCAAAAACUGCUACAGUUAACGAGCAGAACAACUUGGCCAUGGUGUUACCAGUCCGGGAUGGUUUUUCAGUCCUAACAAAAGUUUCAAAUCCUACAUUUCAUUUCCAAGGUACCCACAAGGUAGCACGCCAUAGAAGAUCCUUGCAUGGAAGUGACAUCUUAUGGCUCAUAAGGCGUACUAAACGAACCUAAUGAAAAAACUGGAGAGCCUAUUGCUUCAUGUGUUAGUCUUGAGCACUCAGUGGUUCUGUUGGUUUAUCAUUUUCACGUGGUAGUUGUUGCGCGUUCGGCAAGUGUACCGUUAGUUCCAAGUAAUAAAAUGAUAAGUAGAGUAUCGUCUCCACGAGGAUUGAGGCACUGAAUUUAUUAUAACUAUUCCUUUCUUGUCGGAUUA